AUGACUAGUAUGAAUACGUCCUAUCAAAGAGCUGACCAGGAUAUUGAAAAAGCCACAUGUCCGCUGCUAUUACCUGCAACAACAGAGAAGAGUCAGAUUUACAAAGAGACUUUCAUAAAGGGUUGUUGUGCAAGCGCAGUUUGGGCUGUCCAGACACUGGCGACUGUGUUUGAAGCCCUAGGUUGGUUUAGUGAUUUACAGUGGCGAGUGACUGGCGAGGCACCAAGACAGUCCUACUGGGCUAGAGUCCACGUCAAGCUCCACACGCCAUUGACUGGGAUCAGAACUACCUACGUACCCUUGUCGCUGAGAUGGCCAAUUACGUCGUCUAUGCAGUAUGUUGACCAAAGAGGGUCCAAGCGGCUUGCUUUGAAUUCUUCUGGCCGUCUUCGAGAAUCUGGAAUGGGCUACAGUCUCCAUAUUAAUUCAACAGGGGUGCAUGGAAGGCUGCAGCGCAAAGGGGAACCAAGAAUCAUUCUCGAAGGAAGCACAGUCUGA